AUCGGCGUCCGCGAUGGGGAACUUCCGCCAAAGAGACGGAGCACGUCCAUUGUACGAGCUUGUUCUGAAAAGAGUACCGCGAUUGUUGAGUGCUUUUCAAAACAAAGAGAGAAGAGCAUUACAGUCGUACAGAAUGAAUGGGUUCAGCACAGAGGAGGACAGCCACGACGGACCGCCUGCUCCGCCGUUUUACGGACAGAGCUGCUGUCUGAUCGAGGACGGGGAGCGCUGCGGCCGGUCAGCUGGAAACGCCUCCUUCAGCAAGAGGAUCCAGAAAAGCAUUUCGCAGAAGAAGCUCAAACUGGACAUCGACAAGAGUGUGCGACACCUCUACAUCUGUGACUUCCACAAGAACUUCAUCCAGAGCGUCCGUAACAAGAGGAAGAGGAAGACCAGUGACGAUGGCGGGGAGUCCCCGGAUCAUGAUGUGGAAGUGCCUGAGGUUGACCUUUUCCAGCUGCAGGUGAACACGUUGAGACGCUACAAGCGACACUACAAGCUGCAGACCAGGCCCGGACUCAACAAGGCCCAGCUGGCAGAGACGGUGAGUCGUCACUUUAGGAACAUCCCGGUGAACGAGAAGGAGACGCUGACCUACUUUAUCUACAUGGUGAAGAGCAGUAAGAGCCGCUUGGACCAGAAAGGCGACGGCGGAGGCAAACCGCUGGACUGAAAUUCCCAACGACCACAGCGGCUGUAGCUACAACAGAAUCAACAGUAAUGACGAGCAACAGCAGCAGCUUCUCACAAAACCUGGACACCACUAACAGCAGCCAAAACCAGCUCCCUUUGCAGCCCCGUCGCCCGUCCAUCUAACGGAAAUGAAGGAGACUUCAGGGUGGGACGAGUUCACCUUCGCUCAUUUUGCUCUCUUCACAUAAAAACGGCCUCUGCGCAUGUUGUCUCAACGGUGGAUCCGCCUCCAAUGCAUUUCCUCUCCUCCGCUAAAGCCGGGUCCCUAAAGACGGUCGAGGUCCAGGACUCCGCAGGGUUUCACGUCGUCGAGCUGUAAUGUAACUGUCAAUAUGUACAAAAGAACAGCGUCCGAUCUUAACUAACUUGUUCGAAUGCAAUGUACAAAUAUAGCUGCCUUAAGAGUGAGAAAACAAACUGUGUUUGUUGGUAAUUUAGGGGAAAUUUUUUUUUUCUUUGCCAAUUUGACUGUUAAGUUCAUCGCGAGAGAUGCUUGUGCCAAACAGCCGUGUUUGGGGGUGGGUUAGCUAUUUGUUUUUUGUUAUUCUAAAUGAAUGAAUUGUUGGAGAGGGGCACUGCCUUCGCUGACAUUACAUCUAGCAUAUCAGGGCUCGGCGUCGGUUCGCCACGUUUUUUUUUCAGUGGCACAAAGGUCUCGGAAACCUUCAUUCUCAAUAAUGUCUAAAACGAAUAAAACAAGCCGAUCUCGAUCCUGAUCUUUAAUCUUUUAGUCCACUUUCACUCCAACCGGACGUGAUGCAUUUAAAGACUGACGGUGGUGAAUGAUGUAGCAUUUGGUUGGGGUCCACUCUUUCACUUCUUGCUAGCUGUUUUAUGUACGUCUGAACACACAUUAUUUUUCUGUACACCGCAUUUGUUGGUAGCUAAUUUCUUAUUUUAUUUUUUGUUUCUUUGUAGCCUAGUUUUCUAUCCCUUAAGUUGUAUAAAGUUGUCUUUCUGCAUAUAUGAUUUUGGUUUCUCAAUCUUGUUUUUUUUAUUUUUUUGUGGAACGUGAGUGUUUGUGUGGGGUCAGAAUAAUUAUUAGCAUCAUUUUAAUAUUUAAGAAUGUCUCAACUCUUGAUUUGAUACCUGGAUGUAUUUCAAGAAGCUGUGUUGAUAAGUUGGCCUGUAAAAUAAUGAAAUGUUUUGGUUUUUUUUUUUUUUUCCUUUUGAAUAAUUUAUCAAAUUAAAACAUGGAUGCCUUCCUUCCAAAUCGCCCAGCAAAUACCACAAUUUUACUGGAAGUUGUCUACGCAAGUCUUAAAAGUUUUUUUUACAUUUGUAUGUCCAGUUUGAAAUAUGCUUCUGCUUCACGUGCGUCCCCAGGAAAGUCGUUAACAUGGAUAUAAUUUGGGAUUGCACCGUAACUGGAUUUCUUUUUAGCUGGAGUUUAUAACCAUCUUGAGCUCUUAAAUGAUUUACAUUCAAAUGUAAACAUUGAAGAACAGUGACUUUGACUUUUUUCUUAAUUAUUAAUAUCGAUUAUUCAAAUAAUCGAUUCAUUGUGUAGUUUGUAAAAAUAUAUAUAUAAAUAUAUAUCUCUAAAUAUGAAAUGACUACAGUUCCAGAGUCCAAAAGCACAGAAAGUCCUCUGUUUGAAGCAGAGAGAACAGGAUUGAAGUUUGUCGUUACUUGUUGAAUAAAAACCCCCAUGUUUUAUUUAAAUGUUUAAAGCACUGCUGAAACCUCCAGACAACUCUUAAACUGUGUUUUAUUUAUGGAGGAGACAACAUAGAUUGCACACAGUUAGGGGUUUUCUAUUGGGACUUUUCCGAACUCUGUGUCCUCUGUCACCCACAGUAUUUAAGUUUGUCCACCACACUGAGCUCGUCUACUUUUGACAGGGUUAUUAUUUUUAUUUUUAGUGUGAUAUAUUUUCAGUUUUGCUUGUAGGUUUGUUAGUGUCAUGUAGAUAACACCCACCUUAAUUAACAUGUAGGCCAGGCCACGUUAACCUAAUUGUUGUAGAAAAAAAAAAACCUAUUUAAAUAUGGCUGCUUUUAUUGUUGAUGAUGAUGAUAAUAAAUGUAUUGUACAGGCA